AGGGAAACAAAUUCCAGCGCUGCCUCUGAUGUUGUCUAACAAGAAAGAAGGAAGUAGCUUUGACGGUGCCAAAAAAACAACAACGGAAAAAGUAAAUAAAAAUAAAUAUUUCGCCAGUGUGUUUUGUAUGAGCGCGUGAAACCGAUGCCAGCAAAGCUUGAGUGAGGACGCCGGCGGAUUGAACAGAUGAAGUCUGCGGCCACAGCAGUUUCCACGAUUGUAGCUCUUGCUUUGUUUGGCGCAUUGUAUGUCGGAGCCAAAACAGUAAUAUCUGUUGAUGAUGUUCAGUCCAUACGUGUUGACCUGGCUCUGUCCCAUGUGGCCCGACGGGUGGACGAAAGGUUUCUCUCUGUGGCUAUAGAUGCGAGUUUAAUCGCCGAGGAGAGGUUCAUGAACCUACUGAAUUCACCAAAGUUAAGAACCCUUGCCAAAGCCUUGGUCCCAGCGUUUCUGCGAUUUGGAGGUACCAAACAAGAUUUUAUGACAUUCAAUCCACGCGGAAGAUAUUUUCAAGCGAGAGUCAACAGCAGCAGCGCUGUUCUAGAAAAAUUAUGUGAGAGACUUGAAUUGCCUCCAUUGUUGGAAAAUAGGUUAAAGCAAGAAUGGGUCCUACAGUCAAAGACUUUACUUCAGGAGGAACUAGAGGGAAAAUACAAAAAGACAAAAUUCUCUGAAUAUGCAGUCGAUCUGCUCUACGCUUUUGCGAACUGCUCUGGUUUGGACCUCAUCUUCGGUUUGAAUGCUUUGCUCCGAACCAGUGAAAACACAUGGAACAGCACAAACGCAGAAUUGCUGUUGAAGUACUGUGAGUCCAGGCAGUAUGUGAUGUCCUGGGAACUGGGAAAUGAACCCAACAGUUAUGAGAAAAAAGCUGGAAUCAGAGUGGAUGGGUACCAGCUCGGUCAGGAUUUUGUCCAUUUGCAUCAAAUCCUUCAGCAAUCUGCGGUCUACCACUCAACAGGACUAUAUGGACCAGAUGUCAGUCAGCCACGAGAUCACCGCAAAGAUUUGUUAACUGGGUUUUUGGAGACUGGAGCAAAGGCCAUUACUGCAUGCACCUGGCAUCACUAUUAUGUGAAUGGCCGAGACACGUCUUUAGAGGAUUUCCUUGACCCUGAAGUGCUUGAUACUCUCGCAACAAAAAUUAACGAGGUCCUCGAGAUUGUUGAAUCUGUUUCUCCGGGGAAGAAGGUUUGGCUAGGAGAGACAAGCUCGGCAUAUGGUGGAGGUGCUGUUGGCCUCUCCGACACAUUUGUAGCUGGUUUCAUGUGGCUGGACAAACUGGGACUUGCUGCCAAACUUGGUUUGGAUGUCGUCAUUAGACAGGUGUUAAUUGGUUCUGGCACUUACCAUUUAGUGGAUGAUAACCUAGAUCCUCUUCCAGAUUAUUGGCUAUCAUUGCUAUACAAAAGGCUUGUUGGCCCAGAGGUUUUAAAAGCAGAAGUUAAUAUGAAUUCAAGACCAAAGAAACCAAUACGGGUAUACCUUCACUGCACCAACAGAAAAAGCACACAUUAUAGACCAGGUGCUGUGACCUUAUUUGCCUUAAACCUAAACAAAAAUGAAGUCAUUAUUAUUCUGCCUGACCAUAUGGCCAACAGCACAAUUGAAGCAUUUGUGCUACAAUCAGCUGAGGCUGGUGAACGGAGUCUUUAUUCCAGGUCAGUCAAAUUGAAUGGACAAGUGCUGAGGAUGGUGGAUGACCGAACACUUCCUCCGCUGAAGGGACGUGAGCUGCCGCCUGGAGAACACAUCAAGCUGCCUGGGUUCUCAUUUGCAUUCUAUGUUCUGAUUGAAGCACAAGCUCUGGUGUGCAAAUGAGCUCUCAUAAAGACUGCUUUUACUGGAGAAUCAGGGACACAAAAUGUGUGAUGACAAAAUAUUUUGCUGUGAGAUUAUUUUAUGUGAGGGAACUUCAAACUCAAAUAAAACGAAUCGGUGUCUUAAUAUAAAAUCAGCAUUUUUUUUUAAUGAAAAUUCAUAUUUAUUACAAAUAUCAGGCUGUAGCCACAAAGAACUUGUUUAAUAUUUCAUGAAC